AUGAAUGGCCCAACAAAGACUACUAUAUCCAAAACAACGAAGCUCUUUCUCACCCCUAAAAUAAGCCAUUACCAGUCUCUCUUAAAACACUAUGCAGCCACUCGAUCCCUCACCAGAACCAAACAACUCCAUGCCCACCUCACUAACUCUGGCCUCCUCUCUACCCGCUUCCUCCCCGCCCUUGUCGCAGCCUAUGGGCAAUGCGGGUGCGUACUUAAUGCACGCAAACUGUUCGACGAAUUGCCUCAACGAGGCACGGUCUUAUACAACUACAUGAUUAAAAUGUAUGUAAAUAAUGGGAAUUAUUUUGAAGCGAUGAAGGUGUUUGUUGAAAUCCUUCAAUCAAAAGAUUGCUGCCCGGAUAAUUUUACUUAUCCGUUAGUUAUUAAGGCUUGUAGCGAACUGGUAUUGGUUGAAUAUGGUAGAGCGGUUCAUGGGCUAACGUUAGUGUCAAAGUUUGGUUCGCACUUGUUUGUGCUGAAUUCUUUAUUGGCAAUGUAUAUGAAUUGUGGGGAGGUGGAGGAAGCAAAAAGGGUUUUUGAUGCAAUGAAAGAGAAGAGUGUGGUGUCUUGGAAUACUAUAGUUAAUGGGUUUUUCAAGAAUGGGUUUGCAAAUACUGCUUUGAUGAUUUUUAACCAAAUGGUGGAUUCUGGGAUUGAGACUGAUGGUGCUAGUGUCGUUUCCGUCUUGCCAGCUUGUGGAUAUUUGAAGGAAUUGGAAGUGGGGAGAAGGGUUCAUGGAUUAGUGGAAGAGAAGGGUUUAGGUAAGAAGAUAGUGAGCAAUGCACUGGUGGAUAUGUAUGCUAAGUGUGGUAGUAUGGAUGAGGCAAGGUUGGUUUUUGAUGACAUGGUUGAAAGGGAUGUAGUGAGUUGGACUUCAAUGAUUAAUGGGUACAUUUUGAAUGGUGAUCCUAGAAGUGCAUUAUCGCUUUUUAAGAUUAUGCAGAUUGAAGGGUUACGACCUAAUUCAGUAACUAUAGCCUUGAUUCUUUUGGCUUGUGCUAGUUUGAAUAAUUUGAAGAGCGGUCGUUGCUUGCAUGGUUGGGUGAUAAAGCAAAGAAUUGAUUCAGAAGUAGGUGUUGAGACUUCAUUGAUUGACAUGUAUGCAAAAUGCAAUUGUUUUGGCCGAAGUUACUCAGUCUUUAAAAGAACUUCAAGAAAGAAAACAGUUCCAUGGAAUGCAAUGCUCUCUGGGUGCCUUCGUAAUGAUAGAGCAACUGAGGCAAUUGGACUUUUCAAGCAAAUGCUAAUGGAAGGAGUAGAAAUAAAUGAGGCAACAUGCAACAGUCUCCUUCCUGCAUAUGGCAUUGUUGCUGAUCUGCAGCCUGUAAACAAUAUAAACAGUUAUCUAACGAGGUCUGGAUUUGUUUCAAAUGUUCAAGUUGCCACAUCUCUGAUUGAUACAUACUCCAAGUGUGGAAGUUUAGAAUCUGCUUACAAGAUUUUUAAUGCUAUCCCCAUAGAAGUCAAGGACAUUUUUGUAUGGAGUAUAAUAAUAGCUGGUUAUGGAAUGCAUGGACAUGGUGAGAUUGCUGUUUCACUUUUCAAACAAAUGGUUCAAUCUGGGGUGAAGCCAAAUGAUGUUACUUUUACUUCAGUAUUGCAAUCUUGUAGCCAUGCUGGUCUGGUGGAUGAGGGUUUGUAUUUGUUUAAUUUCAUGCUCAAGGAUCAACAAACAAACCCCAACGAUGAUCAUUACACAUGCAUUGUUGAUUUGCUUGGUCGUGUAGGUCGAUUGGAUGAAGCUUACAGUCUGAUUAAGACAAUGCCGUUUAUGCCCAGCCAUGCUGUUUGGGGUGCAUUGCUUGGUGCUUGUGUGAUACAUGAAAAUGUUGAAUUGGGAGAGGUUGCUGCAAAAUGGCUUUUUGAGCUUGAGCCAGAUAACACAGGGAAUUAUGUGCUGCUGGCCAAGCUUUAUGCUGCCGUGGGAAGGUGGGAAGAUGCAGAAAAUGUGAGACACAGGAUGGAUGACAUGGGAUUAAGAAAAGCACCUGCCCACAGUCUGAUUGAGGUCAGAACUGUGUGA